UUCAUAUUCCAGCAGCUGAAGACAGUGUUUUCAUCCAUCUGCAGACAUCAUGUGUACCGGAGCGUGUUCGAAGUUUAUUGCUAUCCCCCUCUACGUCCUGGCUGCAGUGUCCAUAAUCUGCAACAUCAUCCUCUUCUUCCCUGACUUCAAGACAGAUUAUGCCAGCCAAGACCGGGAAGGAAUGCUUCGGCUCACUCCAGAAGUCAAAUACAUGGGAGGGUUCCUCGGAGGAGGAAUCAUGGCCCUGAUUCCUGCUAUCCACACCCACCUGACCAGUGCAGAUAAGUGCUGCGCUAACCGCUGUGGGAUGUUCCUGUCCAUUGGCUUCGCAGCUCUUGGAGUGGUGGGUGCCAUUUACACCAUCAGUGUUGCAGCCCUUGGUCUUUCUAAUGGACCAGUGUGCGAAUGGCACAAUACAGAAAACCCCACUCCCACAUGGGGAGCUCCUUUUACAAACAGUUCUGGGAGCUACCUGAAUGACAAAGACAUUUGGAAAUGGUGCGAGGUUCCUGAAAAUGUGGUUGAAUUCAAUCUUGGGCUGUUUGCCACCCUGCUGGUAGCGGGGUGUGUCCAGAUUGUCCUCUGCGCCAUCCAGAUGGUUAACGGACUCUUUGGCUGCAUCUGUGGCACCUGUUCGGACAAGGAGAGUGGUUGUCAUGGCAACAGUAAGGCAUUUAAUGUGUGGUCCAGGUGUGUUAACUACACUCUGUUUUUCAUCGGCAGUGAGCUGGACCGUGACCCAGGAGGACUUGUGGACGAAGAUUUUAUGACAUGA